AUUAUCAAAUCAAGUUUAUGAAAAAUGGAACAACGUAGAGUGAAGUUAAGUAGUAUAACAACUUUCAUAGAAAACACCACCGAAACUAUCGACAAAUUUCUCGAAGAUUUUGGAUGGGAUAGAGAUAAAUUAUUGAAAGAAUACAACAAUGGAACUCAACAGAUUGGACUAAAGAAGGACAGCAAUGAGGAUUCAUUUCCAGAAUCAUUCUACGAUGAACAGCAUCAAUGUUCCGUUAAAAUGGAUGAGCAUACACAAGCGACAAUCAUUCGGGGCGUCAAUAAUGAAAAUCCCGAUAUGGAAAUAGUACGUCAGACAGAAGACAUAUUGGCAACGAGAGAGAUUCCAUCAAGUCACAAGGAUUUGUUGGUAAAUUUUACGAGAGAAGAAAGAUUAGCCUUGUAUCGGUAUGCAGUUGAAUCAACGCCGAAGCAGGAACCACUUCCAGAGUUUCAAAUAAGCUUCAAGAAACGGGACAACCUUGCCAAGCUGACCCCGCUGGCUGAGAUUGCGGCCUACCGCCGUGAUAUACGACGUCGGAAUCAGAAAUACCGGGUAGCCAAAAAUCCACUGACGUAUCAGGAAGAGAUGCACAAUUUGAUUCAACUACAGACGGAAGCAUUGGCUGAGUAUCUCGGACAGUCUCCUGUGGUGGUGAAAAGUGUAGAUAAGACUAGUCAAACAAAAGCAGAAGGAACGCCUAGGACAGGGACGUCGAGAACGAGAAGCAGAUCACGCGAUAAGAUCAGGAAGAGAAGGGAUGGUGAUGAUUCUGGGAGAUCUAAAGAUGCUAAGCAUAAGAAGCGCAAAAGAUCUAGGUCCAGAAGCAGAUCAGGCCAUAAGCAUAAAUCUAAAAAGUCAAAAAGAGACGAUUCCAGGGAGAGGAGCAGUGCUCGAAGCAAGCAUAAGUCGAGACAUUGAGGUUUUUGGAAUAGUUUUAUAGAAACAAGUUUCAUGCAUACAAUAAAGUACAUAAUAUUAUACAGAAGGCUUCAAUUGUGC